AUGAGCGGCCUCAACAAGUACAAGCUCGUGUUCCUGGGCGAGCAGGCGGUCGGCAAGACGUCCAUCAUCACGCAGUUCAUGUACGGCACCUUUGAGAGCAACUACCAGGCGACCAUCGGCAUCGACUUCCUCAGCAAGACGCUCCACCUGGAGGACAGGACGUUGCGACUGCAGCUGUGGGACACGGCUGGUCAGGAGCGCUUCCGCAGCCUGAUACCGAGCUACAUCCGCGACUCCUCGGGCGCCAUAGUUGUCUACGACGUGACCAGCCGGGCCUCCUUCGCGGGCGCCCCAUCGAGGACGUCCGGAUCGAGAGGGGGAGCGACGUCAUCAUCGUGCUCGUCGGCAACAAGACCGACCUGGCGGACAAGCGGCAGGUGUCCGACGAGGAGGGCCGGGCGAAGGCCGCCGAGUCGGGCGUGCUGUUCUUCGAGGCCAGCGCCAAGAGCGGCGACAACGUCAAGAAGAUCUUCCAGGCCCUGGCCACCAAGCUUCCCCGCCAGGACGAGGGCAAGAGCUCCGGCGCCGGCCCCAGCAACAUUACCAUCAACAGCACGCCGGCCCCGAGCCAGGAGACGACCAAGGGCUGCUCGUGCUGAGCCGCCGCACCCCGGCGGGGGAGCGCCGAUCGCGCCCCGGCCGGGGCAGGUGCGGCUGGUGUGCGCCGCCACCCUCCCUGCCCCCCGCUUCUGGGCUCGCAUGCUCCCUCCUCCUCCCGCAGCCGUGCCAGCGGCGCGCCGUCGCGCGGGCUCCGCCGACGGGCCCGCGCUCCCGGAUUCUUUCGCGCAGCCGCCCGCCUGCCGGCCGCUCUCGCCGUGA